ACCGUCAGGGGAUGCGGUUACACGCCUAUGUAAAUAAGUGUCAUAUUCAUAGUCAUAAAUACUAUACAAUCCAAUUUUGAACUAUACUACUUUUGGAUUAUUCCGCCUGUGAUGCAUUCUUUUCAUCCGGAGGAGUCGGACGCCCUCACGGUGGGUUUGGUGCGAAAGGAUGAAGUAGUUUCGGUGGCAGACCUUUAACUGUACUAUCACACAGCAGCAGUUUCACCUUGGACAUCUGGACCUGUUCGGCACCUACAGUAUGCGGUACUGUACACCCGGUACUGGACACACCGGGCACAGGGGUGUCUGCUUGCUGUGAAUGCGUUCUCCGAUCUAAACUGAAUCGUUCAACCAAAUUCUCCAUCAUAAAUGAUCCUUUCUUCUCAUCUUUUUUAAAACCACCCGAAUUUUCACAGCUAGACCGGGCGGUUUCGGUUCAUUAAUAUGCAAGCAUGCGGCGCAACAUGUCGUUGUGUAUGAAUGCAGGGCGACCAUAACUGAUUUGGGGAACAGCACGGGAAACUCCCCCCUCUAAAGACUUCGGAACAAUGACCGGACCGAGCGCGACAAGCAGCGGCUCCACGGCCAAGAUCAGCAGACACGGUCGCUCCAAAAGCACCAGUACCCACUGUCACACUACUCGUCCGGCUGCCGAAUCAUCCCUGUCCACUGCCGCAAAUAACACCGGGAGGUCGUCCGGUGAGGAAGAUGAGAAAGAUGGAGGUGUUCCGUUUUACGUUAACAGGACGGGCUUUCCAAUAGACAAUGUCACCUGGGAGAGAAUGUGGUGUCACGUCGCCAAAGUUCACCCUGAUGGACAGGAGAUGGUCGAAAGGAUACGAAAUGCAACACACCUCCCUAAACCCCCCGUGCCAUCGGUUCCAAACUUUAAGCCAUCCAUGUCUGUGCCUGACUGGCUGCACGCCGUCCAGAACUACAUGAGAAACCUGCAAUACAACCAUACUGGAACCCAGUUCUUUGAGAUAAAGAAAACUAGACCUCUGAGCGGGUUGAUGGAGACCGCCAGAGAGAUGAUACGAGAAUCACUUCCCAUCAAAUGCCUUGAAGCAGUUAUCCUUGGAAUCUACCUAACCAACGGUCUGACCUCCGUGGAGCGUUUCCCUAUCAGCUUUAAGACGCAGUUCUCUGGGCACCACUUCCAUCACGUGGUAUUGGGCGUUUACUGCAAUGGCCGCUACGGUACCCUGGGCAUGAGUCGCCGUGCCGACCUCAUGGACAGAUCCCUGAGCUUCCGGACGCUCAGCGAGUUGGUGUUCGACUUUGAGGACUCGUACCGGCGUUACCAGCACACCAUGAAGAAAGUGAAGAUCGGCCUGUACGUGCCCCACAAUCCACAUGUUUUCCAGCCUAUCGAGUGGAACUACCUGGUGAUCAACGCUAGUAAGCAGGUCCGUGAAGACAUGCGGAAAGAGCUGGAGAAGCACGGACGGGAUAUGAGGAUGAAGAUCCUCAAGUCGUCCAGCGCUCAGUCUCCCAUCAAAGAACGAAGCCGAGGCAAAUCUUUAUCACCGCGGCGGCGACCAGGCACAAGUCCCCAAAGACGGCAACACGCCCACAGAAGAGACAAAUCGCCAGCAGCACUGGACAGAAAGCCAGCAGAGCUGAGCACCUUCAGUGAUGGAUAUCAGAUUCGAAUCUGAGCCACCAGCCGUCCUCUCUAUCUACUCCUUCAGACCAACCCCAGAGAAGAUGUUUUUAACUGAACUGUAUUUUAAACAUCAGAACCAAUUUUUAGAUGAAGAACAAGAAAUGACAUUUACCAGCCAUGAAAGUAUUUCUCUUUGCAAAGGUGGAAGGUUAAAAGUAACCAAAAUGACUUUUUACAGUAACUUUUAAAAACGUUAAUAUCCCAAUUAUUGUUAAGCAAAUGAUGAUCAAAAGGCGACAGGAGAUGAUAUCACAAUAUACAACAACAUUCAAGCAAAUAUUAUGUUAGAAACGUCACUACCGGUGAGAACAUGUUGUGCUUGGAGCAGAUUUAAACCUUGGUGCCUCGUGUUUUGGUAAAGUAGAUGUUUUGGAGGAUGUCUGGCCUUUUGGAAAGGACAGGUGCCAGAGGCGUAAGGACACAAGGGACUUGAACAUCAGAGAGCUAAACUUUGCCCACAGGACUGAACCCAGUCUGUUUUAUUCUGUACAGAAUCCCCAGACACUCCUGUAAUAUGUUUUAUGAUUUAUUGACUAAGGUUCAAGUCUGACAUACAAUAAAAGGCUUUGUGCUGUUCUUCCCUCCCCUAUACAAACAUCCGUGAAGGAAUAAACGUUACACUUUAAGGAUUUUUUAUUUUGUAAUAUAUCUUUUUGUUUUUAACUGGUUGGUUAGCCAGUGCAGUGUUUUUGUCACUUUCUUUGAGAGAUGUGGUUGAUAAGCCAUUAUAUGACGUGUCAGCUGCAAAUUUUCUUUAAAGUACCACACAUCGUAGAUAAAUACCGUACAUAGAUGCCUCUUUGUAUUUGUGCCGUCUAUAAUUGGGAAGUUGACUGUGCAUCUGUAACUGUAGUAGUGGUAGAUACACAUAAACAUUAUAAUUGCUAACAUUACAACAAGUACUGAAAAAUUACGAGAAUACAUAUAAAACACAAUCUCAUUCUCACCCGGAAAUGUUUGUGAUUUUUAAAAAAACACAUUGCACAGUUUGACAUUAGCUGAAAUGUUGACUGUUCCAAUAUGGCGGAUCUCUUGAGGCCUGGAAGGCUCGAAUGUGGCAUCUAUGUAUACAUAUCUAUGCUACCCCUUGUGUCAUUUCUUGUUUUAUCUUUACAUUAAUGUAAACCUUUGGUUUUGCAACAAUCAAUAGUCAUUUUCGUAUGAAGAAUGUUGCGACGUGAGAGCAUCCACUGGCAUAUCUGGCCUGUUUUUAUACACCUCAUAUCUAUUAAUCCACAGCAUACCAACUUGUAUGAGAAUAAGCUAUGCACGUGGAACAGGUCUUUUGAUCUGUUCAUCUUGACAGUACACAUGUCUUUGACAUUGUAGCAGUUAUAAUGAUAUCUAUUCUUUGAAGAUGUCUCGAGCAGUUCCUCUGAACGUUUCUCUCUUAACAGGUGCUGUUGACUGAAUUAUCAUAUUAUAGCUCAUUCUACCUUGUAAUUGGUACCAGCUUUCUAUCAAAAGCUUUGAACCACACAAGUGCCAGACUAUCAUAUAGGUUAAACUCACCCGUAAAUCGGAAGGUUGACAUGACAUGGUUUUAUACCUGUCGUCCCAUUGAUCAGACACUUUAUUGUAGAGAAGUGCUCUGUCACUUCAUUUGGCACCUGAUGAAUUGUUACAGAUUUUCAGCUUUUAUAACUUGAUGUUUGGUAACUGAGCACAUGUUUGUGAAAUUGUGAUUGCGGAACGAUUUAUUGCAAAAAAUUGUUUUGGAAAAUGAAAAUGCAAUGAUCUCCACUUAAAGGUGCUAAGACAAGACACGUCUUUAAAGAAUUAAAUAACAUUAUUUAAACAUUGGCUCUAUUUUUGUGAUUGAAGAGCACAUUCAACGGAUAUUGUAGCACACUGAUGACUCAUUUACCUAUAUCCAAGACAAUUAAGAAUUAAUAUUCAUAAGAGAAGAGAUGCUUUUGUGGAAUUUUGUUUUUAUGUUGUAAUGCAGGCUUGACGUGUCUGAAAAUACAAUCAAAGUUGAUGAAUUGUACAAAUAAUUUAUUAAUCAAACGUUGACUGUAAAAUGUAUUUUUAAGGGACGAAUGUUGAUCAUCAGUUUUGCGUUUGGACUGCUUGUAUAUAUAAAUGCAGUUUAAAUAAGGACUUGAAUCUGGAUUAAGGACUAUGAAUUUGGUUGGACCCUCAAUUGUUAUUUUCCAAAGCCUUACCGCUGCCUGUACUAGGUCUUAUUCGGUCAUAAAUGUGUUUCUGCGUCACCUGCAUUUCCCAAUGAUGAAAUACUUCUGUAAUCUGUUUAUUUUCCUCUGUAGCAUGUUUUAAUAAAAUCAGAUUUUUAA